CGAAUUAAUUAUUGAACGUUGACGAUGCGUUUCGAUGUGAUUUAAUCAUUAAUGCAUAUAUUAUAUGCUCUACAGUAAUUCUGGAGGGUUAUCAUGGGAAGCAUAAUAAUAAUAAUCUUACUUUUAAUCUUUAUUGAUUUUCUUUUAUACUAAUUUAUUAAUUUAUUAUAGAUAUUCUCCAAAUGGUUAAGAAGUCGCUUUCUUCUGUGCAAAAUUUUAGCUUUGGCAAUAUCUGCAAUGAUGGGUUUUAUUAUUGUUUAUCCAUUAAAACUUUCUUAUGCUAUAUAUAAUAUGCUUUGCUGAACUGGGUAUUGUCUUCUGCUUCUCUUGUGCUGGCAUUGUCAAUGUUGAUUUGGGUGUGCAAUUCUAGCAUCCACCUUUAGUGUUGUAUCGAAUUCGAGUCGAGUUUGAUGAUCUGGGUUUGCAGUGUUGUAUUCAAGGAUAGGUUGUGGAAGAGUGUAAAGUAGUGUAUGAGUUAAGAUUUGGUAGUUGGAGCAUUUGAUAUUCAAGAUAUGGACAUGAUAUCCCAACCUUACUUUAUGUGAAGGAAUUGAUGAAGAUCCAGCUGUCAGUUGCUAUUACAGCUCUCGUGUUCUUGAUCUGCAUUCAACAAUUAACAUGUGAACAGGUAUCAGAUACUUCUGGAAGUAGGUGGACUUGCGCAUGUUCUUCACCUCAUCAAGAAACACAAAGCUCUAUUAAUGCAGCUAACUGUUCUACAUCUUGUGAUUGUCAGCUUGUGACUGUUAGAUCAACUGGCAACAGAUGGAGAUGUGUCUGUGAUAGUGGUCAGCUGCCGACGUUGGCAGCACAUGAUCAGAACAAUAACUGCUUUACAGCCUGUGAUUGCACCUCUGGAUCUUUAACUGAUUCUCAAGCUCCAAGCAAACACAUCUAUAGCAGAGUAAUUGUGAUCAUUCUCUUCGUAUGUUUGGUGCUCAUUACACUUGCAUUUAUUGCAUCCGUCAUCUUCUAUUUCUACUCAAGAGGCAAAUGUCAGCAACAAAAUACCGUGUCGGACAAAGGAUCUAGCCUCAACAGUGCUACUGACCUGAUAAGACACAAGUUUCUUUCUCAGUCUCUGUCCAGAAGCAAUGCAGGGUUUACGGCAAAUCCAAUCACAGGAUGCUUCGGCUUCGCUUCCCUUUUACUUGGAAGAAAAAUGAGAAUAAUUCAUGGGGCAGUCACCCAUUUUACAUAUUCGGAGUUGGAGCAUGCAACAAACAAAUUUUCUCAUGAUAAUUUGAUUGGAGUUGGGGGAUGGAGCUAUGUCUAUCGUGGUCAUCUUAAAGAUGGUAGAACUGUAGCUGUGAAACGACUUAAAGCGUCCAAGGGACCAGAUUCUGACUCCGAAUUCUUUAAGGAGGUUGAGAUCAUAUCAAGACUGCACCAUUGUCAUAUUGUGCCUUUACUAGGUUACUGCUCAAUUUCAUUGGGUAAACAAAACGAGAGGCUACUAGUUUUUGAGUAUUUGCCAAAUGGUAACUUGAGAGAUUGCCUGGAUGGAAAAAAACAUAUGGAUUGGGAUACCCGUGUCGCAAUUGCCCUUGGAGCUGCCAAAGGGUUGGAGUAUCUUCAUGAAGCUGCUGCCCCCAGAAUUUUGCAUAGAGAUGUCAAAUCCACUAACAUUCUUCUGGAUGAAAACUGCAAAGCCAAAGUAACUGAUCUUGGUAUGGCAAAAUGUUUAAGCAACGAUGGUUUCCCCAGUUGCUCCUCUUCUCCUGAAAGAAUACAGGGAACCUUUGGUUACUUUGCACCAGAAUAUGCAAUUGUUGGUAAAGGUUCAUUAAAAUCAGAUGUUUUCAGUUUUGGAGUGGUUCUUCUUGAGUUGGUGACUGGUCGAACUCCAAUUUUCAAUGUAUCUGAUAAAGGAGAUGAAAGUCUUGUCAUAUGGGCUGCUCCUCGUCUACAAAAUAGCAGGCGUGUAAUAUCAGAAUUGCCUGACCCUCAUCUAAAUGGACAUUUUCCUGAAGAAGAGAUGCAAAUAAUGGCUUAUUUAGCAAAGGAGUGUUUGCUUUUGGAUCCUGAAUCCCGACCAAGCAUGAGCGAAGUUGUUCAGAUCCUCUCAAAUAUUGCUCCAAAUAUGUCAAGGCGAAGAAGGUUUCCUGUGAGUUUGUUCCAGAACUUGUCCUCUCACAGCAUGAAAAGUGAACAACCGUAUCUGGAGAAUUCGACCAGUCAAGUCGAGGUUCUUGUAGACUCUGAGGAGCUCAAGCAAAUGUGUCCAAGUAGAUGGUCAUCUCAAUGUUCAUUAUCAUCGGACAUUGACCGCACUGUCUUGGCUGAUAGUGUUGGGAAGUCGGUAAAUCUCUCCUCGGUUCAAUAUGUCAAUAGUCUGCUUUAUUUGACAUCAAAUGGAAAUUGUAGUACCAAUAAUGACGAUGAUGAGAUUGUGGACCUGACUGAACCUCGGUUAGAAUCAUUCUGUGUAAGAAAUGAUCAAUGAUCUUCGACCUGUACGUAGUGCAGAGUAACCACCUUUGACAAUGAAGAGCAAACACGGUUUAUAUGAUCUGGAAAGUAAUCUGAUAUACGAAACAGUAAGUUACCAACGCGUAUAAGUUAUAACAUUAUUAGAGUGUAAAUCAACAUCACAUUUUUUUGUUCUGUA